CCUUCCCAAGAUGGCGCGGCUGCCCAGCUCCUCCCUCAGCAUCGCUUGCUUCACACCCGGUGCCCUGAGUCACUGAGAGGCGCUUUGCUUACCGGGAGAAGGAGGCCAGGAACUAGGCCAGGACGUGGAGGCCGCGAAGCCGCCGCUGCUAUGCCGGAGCUGGCCGUGGAGCGAGUGGUGGUCCACCCGUUGGUGCUGCUGAGCGUGGUCGAUCACUUUAACCGGUGAGGGAGGCGGCGGCCGGCCGGCCGGGCUGAGUCAUGGCCGGCAGGCCAGGGCUUAGGGAGGCAGGGUGGCCGUAGGGCUGGGGUGGCGCUUUGCACAUGCUCAGGAGCAGCAAGCUGCGAGGAAACUAGUGUAAAGAAGCGCCGGAGUGGAGGCCGCGGAAAGACAGCUUAGUCAGGGGCCCGGGCUGAAGCCGCCUUCCCGCCUAUGCCCCUACGCCGGGUUUCGGUUGGGGAGACCCUCUGGCUUUGGCGAGGCCUCGGAGCAAUAAAGGAAGCGGCUGCCUUUAUCGCGGAGUGAGGCAGUCGAGCCCAGGGGAGAGGCCUGUCUUAUCUGCCUGGCUCCCCGAUCCUCCUCGGAGCAGCUUUCGGGGGUUGAACGCGGAACCUCUUUCCUUCUGCAGGCCAAGCGGCUGCUCUCUCCCUCUGCACCCCAACAAACGGGCCUUUCGGCCAGAGACUUCAUGGAGGCGGGCUGGAUGCUACUUGUCGCCGACUUGCUUUUUAUGUUUAACGCGGUGUCUUUACCGCGGGUGGAGCGAGGAUGAGAUUCAUCUUUUGCCACUGCUUUUCCAGACUCUUGAGUGGAAAAGCGGAAUAUAAGUGAACUGAUAUGACUUAAAAUAUACUUCCUUCCUAAGUAGCAGCCACAGCUGCAUGGAUGAAAGACAUGUAAGCAGCGCAUGACUGUGCCAACUUGACUGAGUAGGUAUGUGGCAGAGCAUUUGCUUUACAAGCAGCAGGUUCCAGUUCAACAACAUCUCUCCCCCAGAAAGCACACCUGCUAAAUGGAUUUCAGAAGCAGGUGGUGGGAAAGGCCAUGCUCUGACAUAGACCUUGGAGAGUCACUGCCAGGCCAUGCAGCGCUGACACUUUGGGGCUAGGUGGAUUGGUGGGCUAAGUCAGCUUUUUGUAUGUUGACUUCCUCCAUUAACCAUCAGAAGAAGACAAGCCAUCAACACUCAGCUGCCUCCUCCCUGAUGACUAUCAAGACUCCUUCUGUUGGGAGUCUUGGCAAUUUGCUACAUACUCUUUUCCUCCCACCUUAGUUAUGCUGGUGUUCAUUGCCCUGAGUUGAUUCAGUUCAGGAAUAGUUUAUGCUGCACAUCAAUGUAUCUCAUCUUUCUUUUGAUUUUGCCUUUCUAUUUUAGGAUAGGAAAAGUUGGAAAUCAGAAGCGAGUUGUGGGGGUUCUCUUGGGUUCAUGGCAGAAGAAGAUUUUGGAUGUCUCCAACAGCUUUGCAGGUAAAGUGAUGCCUGAGAUCUCUAUGGUUGUCUAGCAAGCCAGAUGUGGUUGUAAUGUACACUCCUACCCUAACAUUUUCCACCCCAUUAAUGGAUUUGGGGGAAUUUGGGGUUUGUCCCUUAAAUUGUUGGUGGGGAACCUGUAGCCCUCCAUAUGUUGUUGGACUCCUAGUUCCAUCAGCAGCAUUUGGAGGGUCAGAGGUUCCCCACCUUUUGUCUUAAAAGUGAGAGACCCAGAAAAGCUGAGUCAUAAAUCUCAAUUGAAACUUGGUUGAUAGUCUUGAGUUUUCAACAGCCCUCUGAUUAAAUAAUAACCCAAAGGAGCCCAGUUAGGAACCUGCUGGAUUGUGUUUGGCUAAAAGCUUAAAUGCAGUCCCUCGAAUUCUCAGGCUGUCGGAAGCCAUCCUUAGCAUUCCAUAGUCUGCUCCAGGGAAUCAUCAUUCUUUCAUCUACCUUUAGUUUAAAUCUGAGUCUGCCCAGUUCUAGAAACUUGUGAUCUUGUCUAGUCAUUAAUCUUGUGGGCUGCAACUACAUGUACCUCAUACUACGGUCAAUACUGUAGUAGGAAGAGGUCCUAAAUCAGUGGUAGAGUAUCUUCUGCUUUGCUUGCAGAAGAUACCAGAUUCAAUCCCCAGUGGUAUUUCUAGGUGGGGCUGAAAGACCCCCGUUUUGAGACCCUAGGUAAAGAGAUUGACUUCAUUACUGUAUUUAAAAAGAUGCUUUUAUUGCUCACCACAUGCUGUUUGUCUCCCUGGGCUCCUUUGGGAGGAAGGGCAGGAUAUGAAUAUAAUAAAUAAUAAUGGCAUCUUCUGUUCCUUGGGGAACUUUUGUAGGUCAGUCGUUGAAUGCAUGCUUUGCUCACAGAAUGUGCAGUCCCUGGCAUUUCCAUUUAAAAAGGACCAAGUGGCAGCUGAUAAAAAAACUCCCCUGCCUAAGACGCUGGGUAGCUACUCAGGAGACCAGUACUGGGAUUGGAUAGUCCAGUAAUCUUACUCAGUGCAUGAUAACUUGCUAUUUUCAAAAACCCUGUGAUCCUCUCAUAAAGGGUAGAAUAGAAAUUUAAAUCAUCCUCACCUCUGUAAUGUGAAGACUGGAUCCCAUUCUAAGUGACUUGCCAGCUUCCCAGAGGCAUCUGUGAGAACAAAGUGCUGGACUACCUGGACCCUCUUUGGCCUGCUCUUAAUUCCCACCACAUGGGAUGCAACUUGGCAAAAUGGUCACUUUCCUAUUUAAAAUUUAUUUAUGAUUUUCAGUUUUAUUUCAGUAAUUUUACAAUCAAUUUAACAUUUCAAAACUCGACUUCAUUCCCCCUCUUUGUGGUCCCUUAAAUUUAUUUUUUAUAUUUUCUGCAUAUUCCAAAUUAACUUAAUUUUCUAAUUUAUUCAUCUACUUUAAAUAUAAUACUCUUGUAAAACUGCAGGUUAUUACAAUAAUCCUGCCAAUGUUCUUACUGUUUACAGGUUAUUUGUAAAUAUUCAAUAAACCAUUUCCAUGGGGGUUUUUUAAAGGCUGGAAAUUCAUGCCAUGGUUUGGAUUCUCUUUUUUUACUCACAGUCCCCUUUGACGAAGAUGAUAAAGACGACUCUGUAUGGUUUUUGGACCAUGACUAUCUGGAGAACAUGUAUGGGAUGUUCAAGAAAGUAAAUGGUAAGCAAUGCUUGGUUAGCUAGAAGUGCAAGUCACAGCUAAAUCUAUCACUAGGAAAAGCCAAAAAGUGAUGUUAUUUAAAUAACUUUGCUAUGACUGCUCACAGAUGCUUAGUUAUUAAAAAGUUUUUCAUUUUGGAGAUGAACACCUCUGUUAGUGAGAAAAUGAAGGAACUGGGUCACCUUUCAACAUCAGAUUCUGCAAAACCUCUCAUGUUUUAACCUAAUGCCCCAGCAAAGAAACCAUAUUUUAGACUACAUGCUACUUGAAGGAAGGGUCUUGUUAUAGCUUGUGUGUGCAGUAAAUAGGCUUUUUGUUGUUCAGUCGUUUGGCAAAGUCCUCAAGGUUGGGCAUAUCUUGUCUAUUUUGCCAACAUUCAAAGUGUAGUAUUCUGUACCUGUAAAAUUUAUUUUGAAGCUGAUGUCCAAGUCCAGUAAACUUUGGAUGUAAGCAAUGUCCAGUAUGAAUGAUAGGCUCAGUUUGUGAGAAAUUCUAAAGUCUCAUCCCGUUUGCUAUACAAUAUCAUUGCAUGUAGAACCAUGCUUUAUUCCUGCAAAGUCCCACUUCCAGUGAAACAGUAGAAGAAGGAAAUGUCUCUUGGAAGUUGAGCCCUCUUCCAGUUGCUUCAUGUACUCUGACUCUUGCUUUGCUUUCUGUGUCUUUUUCCUAGCCAGGGAAAGAAUUGUGGGAUGGUACCACACAGGUCCCAAGCUGCACAAGAAUGACAUUGCUAUCAAUGAGCUAAUGAAAAGAUACUGCUCAAACUCGGUAAGAGCCACUCACAACCUACAAAUUCUGACAAGGCUUGCUAUUUGAUGUUACUGCAACUUGUAAGAACAAGUUGGAAAUGGCAAGAUGAUCCUUUAUGCAAUAGCAGACUGCAAGUUACUGGAAGGAGACUGGUAGGUUUUGUUUUCCACCAAUAGGCACUAAUGGGUUUCUUUCAAACAGGUAUUGGUAAUUAUCGAUGUAAAGCCAAAGGACCUGGGGCUGCCCACUGAAGCCUACAUCUCUGUGGAAGAAGUUCACGAUGUGAGUAUCCUGGGUUUAUGCACAUCACGUUGCUUUUCCCUCAUACAUUUCAGUGUCAACCAAAGGACCAGACUAAAACAGGCUGAGCCAAUAACAGGAAUGCUGCCUGUACCUUGCUCAUGUCACUCCUUUUGCAGCCAGCACCCUACAGAGUACCUGAAAAAAACUCUGCUUAGGAUGAAAGAACUUGCCAGUGUUUAUUAUUAAUUCAAUUCACACUUCCUUAUGGAGGUAAUUUAGGGUUAGUGUGUCUCUUCCAUUGGCCAGUUAUGGAUCUGUUCUUAUUCUUCAGCAACUCUUGGCUUCUUAUGCAACAAUUGUAAGUUUUUCCAGGGUUCAGACACACACACACACACACACACACACACACUGCCCAGAAGUUGAAUAAAGGUGAUUACUUUCAUGCCUGGUCUCUGCUUGCACCCCAAAGGAUGGGACACCCACCUCUAAGACCUUUGAACAUGUGACCAGUGAAAUUGGAGCAGAAGAAGCGGAGGAAGUUGGGGUGGAGCACCUGCUACGGUAAAAAAAUACCUUUCUCGCCUGUCACUUCAGACUUCUGAGCUUGUGUUCUGCUUACAUAGUUACUCCUCAAGAUAAUACAGGGAGGCAGGCAUUCCCAUCUUGCAGAUAUAAAAUAAUGGAUGCAGAAUGCCUUUGACCCCUGCAAGGCCACACACCCCGCCAGCUUAAUAGAGGCAUCAUCUUUAAUUUAUCCUGACAGCCACCCUUCAUUGGGAUCUAGUGGUAGCCUGUCCCUUAGCCAUGCAAAUGUGCCACCAUAUUUCCCAUGCUGGAUUAGGCCAAAGGGUGCCCAUCUAGCAUCUGGUCUUAUUCUAAGGGGAAGCCUACAAGCAGAACCUGCACCUCCCCACAAUGCAACUGGUAUUCGCUUACAUCCCCAUGUCUUUGUAUGGGUUGGUUGGUCCAGAGGAGAUUCAGAUUUCUAAUCCAACUGUAGAAAUGCCCAGCAUUGAUUUCCGUGAUGUGGCAGAGAAAAAUAAUUCUAUUCUUCCUUUCCUGCCAACUGGGUUCUCUUGUUCUGACCCCUUUCUUGGCUGUUCCAGGGAUAUUAAAGAUACCACUGUAGGCACCCUUUCUCAGCGCAUCACAAACCAGGUCCACGGCUUGAAGGGACUGAACUCCAAGCUUCUAGACAUCAGGAGCUACCUGGAGAAAGUGGCCAUGGGCAAACUUCCCAUCAACCACCAGAUCAUCUACCAGCUCCAGGAUGUCUUCAACCUGCUGCCUGACGUCAACUUGCAAGAGUUUGUCAAGGCCUUCUAUCUGAAGACCAAUGACCAGAUGGUGGUGGUCUACUUGGCUUCACUCAUCCGCUCUGUGGUUGCCCUCCACAACCUCAUAAACAACAAGAUCGCCAAUAGAGAUGCAGAGAAGAAGGAGGGGCAGGAGAAAGAGGAGAGCAAAAAGGAGAGGAAGGAUGAGAAAGACAAAGAUAAGGAGAAGAGUGAUGGCAAGAAAGAGGAGAAAAAAGAGAAGAAGUAGAGUAGGAUUUUGUAUUUGUAUAUUAAAACCUUGUAAACUCAACUCUGG